GUAAAAUAUAACUGAACUGAUUGCAGUGACGUCAUACUUUACGUCUGGCCCUGUGGUGACGUACAAUACAUGCGACGACUCCUCACGUUACGUUUUCACUGAAAUUUUGCCGCACUAAUUUUGUUUUGUAAAUAAUAACAUAAGACUUAAAAUACCCGCAAAACAGCCUUGACAUGAAUAGCCGGUUGCAAGAAAUACGAGAAAGACAGAAGCUCAGACGACAGCUUCUCGCACAACAGCUCGGGGCAGAGAGUCCAGACAGCAUUGGCGCAGUUCUCAGCAGUAAAGAUGACCUGAAAGAGAUCGAAGAGACGAGAGAAACAUGCAGGUCAUCAUAUGAUACAUCAGUUCCCUCUGCAAAAAGAAAGAAUGAGGGAGAGGAUCCAGAAGAGGAUGUGGAGCAAAAGGAGCAGAAGGAAGUUGUUGAGCCUCAGCAGCAGGAGGAGAGCGGGCCGUAUGAAGAGGUGUACAAAGACUCAAGCACGUUCCUAAAGGGGACACAGAGUCUAAAUCCUCACAAUGACUACUGCCAGCACUUCGUAGACACAGGCCAUAGACCUCAGAACUUCAUCCGAGAUGGAGGUUUGGCUGACAGGUUUGAAGAGUACCCCAAACAAAGAGAGCUAAUCCGGCUAAAAGAUGAGCUCAUUGCUGCCACCAACACCCCACCCAUGUAUCUGCAGGCAGAUAUGGACACGUUUGAUCUGAGAGAUUUGGGGUGUAAGUUUGAUGUGAUCCUGAUAGAGCCUCCAUUAGAGGAAUAUUACAGAGAGUCAGGCAUCAUUGCCAACGAGCGCUUUUGGAAUUGGGAUGAUAUCAUGAAGCUGGAUAUAGAAGAAAUAUCAGCUAUUCGCUCUUUUGUCUUCCUUUGGUGCGGAUCAGGAGAAGGCCUUGAUCUCGGUCGAAUGUGUCUCAGGAAGUGGGGUUUCAGGCGAUGUGAGGAUAUUUGUUGGAUCAAGACCAACAAAAACAACCCUGGCAAGACCAAAACGCUGGACCCUAAAGCUGUGUUCCAGAGGACCAAGGAGCACUGUCUGAUGGGCAUCAAAGGAACAGUUAGACGCAGCACAGAUGGCGACUUUAUUCAUGCUAAUGUGGAUAUAGACUUGAUCAUUACAGAAGAGCCAGAGAUGGGAAAUAUUGAGAAGCCAGUGGAGAUUUUUCACAUCAUUGAACAUUUCUGCCUGGGCCGUCGACGUCUGCACCUGUUCGGCAGAGACAGCACCAUCAGGCCAGGUUGGCUGACUGUGGGUCCCACGCUGACCAAUAGCAACUUUAAUGCAGAAGCGUACUCUGGCCACUUCGGUGAGCCCAACUCUUAUUUGUCUGGUUGUACUGAGGAAAUUGAGAGACUCCGCCCCAAAUCCCCACCUCCUAAAUCCAUGUCAGAAAGGGGUGGAGGGGCACAGCGAGGAGGAAGAGGCGGUCCAUCUGCUGGAAGAGGAGAUCGUGGUCGAGAGAGAAACCGGCCAAACUUCCGCGGAGAUCGAGGUGGAUUCAGAGGCCGGGGUGGUCCGCAUCGUGGAUUUAAUCCUCGAUAAUGUACAGCAUGCUUUUUUCAUGAGACUGAAAGCAGAAAUGUGAUUUGAUUUGUGAUAUUUUUGUAUCUGAAACGUGAAAUAAGUUUCCGUAGGAUUUAUAUUGUUUGAUUAGUGUAUAAUUUGUAGGAAUACAUUUUAAUGAAUGUUAAAUUGCAUAAUAGCAGAGCUAAGUAAUAGCUCAUCUGGGAUUACAAACUCACAAACGCAUUACAAUGUUUUAACCUUAUAAUUCAUUAAACCUACGUUUUACAAUGAAAAAAAAUUUAAUGCAUUGUUUUGAAUUUUUUAUAAAUUGUUCUUAUAUUUGCACAUUUAUUAAAUCAGCUUAUGUGUAGGUUGGCACCGUCUUAGUUUGUUAUGAGACUAUUUCCUGUGUGUCCUGUGGAGGGCAGCAAGGUUAAGUUUGAUAAUUGUUUUUUAAGGGUGUUUAUUGCUUCUGUAUGAGCAGAUUUUUCAAAAUGAAAAGCAGGAUAUUUCUUGUCCAGCUGUUGAUUAUUUAAAAAAUGUAUUACCCAUGAAUUUAAACAUAUAGUGGAUUUCAACUUUUACACAUGUAACACAGUGGCGGCUCGUGACUGCUCAUCGGAGGGGCGCUAAUUUAAAAUAUGUGUUCGGAGUGUCGUGUGUUGCUUGCGUUUUCAAAAUAUGUGUUUGUUGCAUCAUGUGAACCAUGUGCAAUCACGUGUUUUGCAAAAUAAGUGCCUGCUGCACACACGUCAAAACCGUUUAUGAUAAAAGAGACCCUCACGUUCACAAAAUACACGCAAGACACUUCCUUAACAGUAAACUCUGAUUACACAUGAGAUCAUGCGAGUAUCUGGCAAACGCGAGCGUCUCUUUUAUCAUAAACCCUUUAAAUGCAUCUGCAGCAGGGACUUGUUUUGACAAGACACGUGAUGCACACAGGAUGUCUAGAUGCGCAGAACACAUAUUUUGCACAAAGGAACCCCACACAUGACGGGCUACAUACAUGUUGUGGCGAGCAUCGGGCUCCCUCGAAAAAAGUCACCGGCCGCCACUGGUGAAUCAUGCCCUGCCCGUUGUACUAUAAAUUAUUGCACUGAAGUGUUAGCAGGAUUACUAUGAUCAAAGUGCUUUUAGGAAAGUCAUGCCACUCGAUGGUCAUUUUCAAGUCCUGAAGGGGGAAUAAAAAAUUGUAGCUCUAAAAUUGCUCCUGA